AUGAGCUCCUAUUUUGUCAACCCUCUUUUUUCUAAGUACAAAGGGAGCGAGUCAUUGGAGCCAACUUACUAUGACUGCAGGUUUCCACAGAGCGUUGCCCGCAGCCACACGCUGGUUUACGGACCGGGAGCAGCCGCACCGGGCUUCCAACACCCGUCCCAUCACGUGCAGGACUUUUUCCACCACGGAACUACGGGGAUCUCUAACCCCGGAUACCAGCAAAAUCCUUGCGCCCUGGCUUGCCACGGAGAUGCAACGAAAUUUUAUGGAUAUGAAGCCCUUCCGAGGCAAACGCUUUAUGGUACCCAGCAAGACGCAAGCCUAGCGCAAUACCCAGACUGUAAAUCGUCGGGCAGCUCUAACCCCGGAGAAGGACAAGGCCACUUAAAUCAAAACUCCUCUCCCAGUCUUAUGUUCCCUUGGAUGAGACCCCACGCACCAGGAAGACGAAACGGCAGGCAAACCUACAGUCGUUACCAAACUCUGGAACUGGAGAAGGAGUUUCUGUUCAACCCUUACCUGACGCGCAAGCGACGGAUCGAGGUGUCCCAUGCCCUCAGUCUCACGGAGCGUCAGGUCAAGAUCUGGUUUCAAAACAGGAGGAUGAAGUGGAAAAAGGAGAACAACAAAGACAAGUUUCCAGGCCAGAGAGGAGAAGCUGAAGCCGAGGCCGAAGAGGAGGGCAACGAGGACGGUGAAGGGGAAGAAACUGAAGAGAAAGAAGCGGAAGAAAAGGAAGAGGCCAAGGAAUGAUUUUAUGGUCCUUUUUAUGGUUAUAUGGCUGAAAACGAGAGAAAAGAGAGGCCCCAUAAACAG